ACUGCCAACUUAACUUCCUCUUGAUUCUUCAAUUUCAAAACUCUCAAAAACGCUCUCUUCCGCUAAACAAAACUGGUCUCUCUCUCAAUCUGAUCUGCCCCACCACGCAACGCAGGUUACGCAGCUAUCUUGAAAGUCAAGUAAGCAUAUCUCACUCGGAAAAGCCAACUUAACCAAUCUAAUCUUCAUCACCACAACACAACACAACACUUUCUCAUUAAUAAAUUAAAAUUAAAAAGCAAAACCCACUUCAACACGCACUUCAAAAAACCUUCCAAUAAUCUUCACCCGUUACUAUUAUUCACAUUCACAAUUAUAAAUAAAUUCAAAACCCUUAACCUUCACUUCACCACCAACCGCCAUGCCACUCCACCAUAUUCCCUCGCCGUUCGGAGAUCCGCCGCCGAAUCUACCUUCAUCGGACCUCCGUGAAACCGCCUACGAGAUCCUCUUAGCGGCCUGCCGGAGCUCAGGUCCGAAGCCGUUGACAUUCAUUUCGCAGUCAGAGAAGGGAGUUAGGGAUCCGGCUGAUCCGGCUCCCGCGCCUUCGCUGCACCGCUCGCGGACUUCGAUUGCGGCUAGUAAGGUGAAGAAGGCGUUGGGACUCAAAACGUCGUCGUUGAAGAGUAAGCGUCCGGUGACGACUGGGGAAGUUGUGAGACUGCAGAUGAGAAUCUCUGAACAGAGUGAUAGUAGGAUUCGAAGAGCGCUUCUCAGAAUUGCUGCUGCACAGCUUGGAAGACGCAUGGAGUUGGUUGUUCUUCCGUUAGAGCUUAUACAACUGUUCAAGAAUUCAGAUUUUGCCAAUCAACAAGAAUAUGAAGCUUGGUUGAGAAGAAAUUUGAAGGUUCUUGAAGCUGGGCUUCUCUUGCAUCCUCACCUUCCAUUAGAUAAGGCAGACACCUCUGCACAGAAACUACGGCGCAUAAUUGGUGGAGCCAUUGAGAAACCUAUAAAUUUUACAAGUAGUGGUGAAUCAAUGCAAACCCUUCGAAGUGUUGUUAUGUCUCUUUCUUGUAGAUCAUUUGAUGGGUCUGUUCCCGAGAUAUGUCAUUGGGCGGACGGGUUUCCAAUGAACCUUUGGAUCUACCAAACUCUUUUAGAAGCUUGUUUUGAUGGUCACAUUGAAACCUGUGUGAUAGACGAGGUUGAUGAGGUCUUAGAGCUCAUUAAGAAGACCUGGCUUAUUCUCGGAAUCAAUGAAACGCUACAUAAUAUUUGUUUCACAUGGGUCUUAUUUCAUAGAUACGUCGUCACUCGUGAAGUAGAAAAUGAUCUGCUUUUUGCAUCCUGUAAUCUACUGGGGGAAGUUGAGAAAGAUACUAAGGCCAUGAAAGAUCCUUCUUACUCAAAAAUUUUGAGCUCCACAUUGAAUCUGAUGUUGGGUUGGGCAGAGAAAAGGCUCAUUGCCUACCAUGAUACUUUCCAUAGUGGUAAUAUUGAAUCCAUGGAAAGCGUUGUAUCUCUUGCUGCACUAUCAGCAAAGAUUCUGGCAGAAGAUAUCUCCAAUGAGUAUAAUCGGAAGAAGAACCAAGCCGAUGUAGCCUGCGCCAGAGUUGAAAAUUAUAUUAGAUCAUCAUUGCGUGCUGUUUUCAUUCAGGCAAUGGAGAAAGUGGAUCCCAAAAAGCAUCCAUCAAGAAAACAGAACAAACCUUUUCCAAUUCUUUCUGUCCUCGCACGAGACAUUACUGAACUGGCUUUUGAGGAGAAAGACAUAUUUAGUCCUAAACUAAAAAGAUGGCAUCCUCUUGCUGCUGGUGUUGCGGUUGCUACCCUUCAUGUGUGUUAUGGAAAGGAGUUGAAGAAAUAUGUUAAAGGUAUCACCGAGUUGACACCAGAUGCUAUAGAAGUGUUGAUGGCUGCUGACAAGUUGGAGAAAGAGCUGGUGCAGAUAGCAGUGGAAGAUUCUGUUGAUAGUGAAGAUGGUGGGAAAUCCGUUAUAAUGGAGAUCCAACCUUAUGAGGCGGAAGCUAUAAUUGCUAAUCUUGUUAAGUCAUGGAUAAAUAUCAGAGUGGAUAGACUGGUGGAAUUGGUUGACAGAAUUAUGCAUCAAGAGGCAUGGAAUCCACAGGAAAAUAAAGAAGGCUUUGCUCCUUCUGCAGUUCAAGUUCUACGUUUCAUAGAUGACACUGUGGAAGCUUUCUUCAUGUUGCCCAUAUCCAUGCACGCAGCUUUACUUCCUGAAUUGGUAUCUGGUCUUGACAAAUCUAUCCAACAAUACAUUUUGAAAGCAAAAUCCGGCUGCGGGAACCGUAAUACAUUCAUCCCGACUUUGCCUGAUUUGACCAGGUGUUCAACAAAAGGAAAACAUCACGGUGUAUUCCGUAAAAAAGAAAAGCCACAAAUGACUCAGAGGAGGAAAACCCUUGUUAGAACCACGAGUGAUGAUAACUCUUUCGAUGUGCCCCACCUGUAUGUUCGCAUUAAUACUAUGCAGCGUAUUCGCAUGGAAUUAGGGGUUCUGGAAAAGAGGAUAGUUGCCAAUCUUAGCAGCUCUAAUUCCUCCAACGAGGAUGAUAUAGCAAACAGGGCGAGCUUCAAGCUUUCUGCAGUCGCUGCAGUGGAAGGUAUCCGUCAACUCUGCGAGUGUAUAGCUUACAAAGCUAUUUUCCAAAAUCUAUGUCACGUUCUUUGGGAUGGUCUAUAUGUUGGAGAAGUUUCAUCAGCCAGGAUUGAGCCUUUUCUUCAAGAGCUUGAGCAAUACUUAGAGAUCAUAUCAUCAACGGUACAUGAUAAAGUUAGAACACGAGUAAUUAUUGAAGUAAUGCGGGCUUCUUUCGAUGGGUUCCUGUUGGUUUUGUUGGCUGGAGGUUCAUCUCGUGCUUUCUCUUUGCAAGAUUCUAUUGUAAUAGAGGAAGAUUUCAAGCUUCUGAGUGACUUGUUCUGGUCAAAUGGGGAUGGCUUACCGGCCGAAUUAAUCGAAAAACAUUCUGCAACCGUUCGAGGUGUACUCCCCUUAUUUCACACGGAUACACAAAGCAUAAUUCAGCAAUUUAUCCAAAUUACUAAGGAAAUGUAUGGCUCUUCGACUAAAUCACGACUUCCAUUGCCUCCAAAAGCAGAUCAAUGGAGGCCAAGAGAACCCGACACACUUCUGCGAGUUUUAUGUUACAGGAAUGAUGAAGCAGCAGCCAAGUUCCUUAAGAAGAAUUACAACUUGCCUACAAAAGUCUAACAAAUUGAUAACUAACCCCUUCGAUAUUUCACACCUUGCCUGCCACCUUAUAUAUAUAUGGUGCUUUAGGAAAUUUCUUCUGCUCUGAAAUUUCCUUUAGUGAAGCAUGAAGCUCUUAAUCAGUGUCAGUGGUUUGAUUGACUUUAGGAAAUAUAUGGUGCUUUAUGUUCAAUAAUGCUUAACAGUAUCUUUGUACAGAUAUGAGAUGAUUCUUUGCUUGCUAAUUUGUUGGCUUGUUACUGUUUCCAGCUUGUGUCAAAAAUGCAAUGGUGUGAUGAUUUGGAUGCAGAGAACAUUAUUUUUCUUAUUUCCAACUAACUUGUUCAGUUAUUUGUAAGGCACUGUAAUUUAUUUAUUUUUUUUAAGGCGAGUCGAGUUUGGCCAUAUAAAACUAAUUAAAUUAUUUA